AUGAAUGUAUCAGGUUUAAAAGUCAAGCUAUACAGAAUGUUUUUAAAUGUCUACAAGCUUUUAAAUGAUUUGGUGAAGCUAGACUUUAGACUUGUUAAUAUCAAGAAUAUUAACUUGAAAUGUAUUCAUGACCUUACAAACAAGAUAUCUGAUGUUGAUAGAGAUAAUGAAGAUGACAGAGAUAAUGAGACUGACAGAAACAAUAGAGAUGACAGAAAUAAUAAAGAUGAUAAAGAUAAUAAAAAGAGCAAUUCUCAUGUUCUUGAGAAUACAGAGCACAAAAAGACCAGAAAAUAA